CUCUAUCUCCCUAGUCUGCCUUUACUGGCCAUUUUAGUUAUUUAUUUCAGUGUUGUGAUGUCUUUUCUUGAUAUUUCCUCCCAGGUACUUGAUUAUGUUUCUUUAACGUUUGGCGGAUCAUAUGCACAUUUCUGAUUCCUCAUUCACCUCAGAUUACUAUUAGUAUAGAAUCUCACAAAUUUAAUCAACCUGGCCCUUUUGUUACUCUACACAAAAUGACUUCAUUCUAAUACUCCCUCACCCCUUUGUAUAUUAGCCAAUGUUAACCUUCCUGUAAUAUAUUUUAUAACCAAGAUUUAUCAACAAAUCUUAAACAAUUUUAACCAAAACAACCAAAUUUUUACACUAAUUUAUCAUUAUUCGUCAUAAUUUAUCAAAAUUUAAACGGAAUUUAGUAGAAUUUAAAAGGAAUUUAAUAGAAUUUAAACGGAAUUUAAAUUUAAUGAAAUUUUUAUGAUUCCUAGGGAAAUUUGUUAGUUUAUUCCAAGUUGUUGUAUAUUUUGUUUUUGUGGAGUUUUUCAUAAAUUUGGCCCUUUGCAAGAUUUGUUUACUCUGAAAAUGUCUACAGCAAACUUCUACAAUGAUGAAUCAUUCAACCUUUUCAAUUCCAACGACUACAAAUCCGACACUCUAGAUUUCACACAACUCAAUUACUCUUACCUCAAUCUCGAUCUUGACGGAUUUGGCGGAUAUAAUGCGAUGGAUUACUUACCUUCUCAGUACGAUUCAGCACACUAUGAGUCCUCACAGUAUGACCCAACUCAACCCUACGAUACACAACAUUACGACAAUCAACACUACGAGUCCUCACACUAUGACACUGCAAACUAUGACACAUCACACUAUGACACUACUCACUACGAUAACCAACACUACGACAGCCAACAUUACGAUUCUGGACACUAUGACAGUCAACAAUAUGAUGGCCACUAUAUGAGUCCGCAUUUGGAUGUGUUGACGGAGCCUGUGAAGCCAUUUCAUACGGAUUACGUUAACUGUGAAUCAUUUUCAACUAGAUACACCGAUGGUUCAUUUGAGGAGUGUCCCCAGGGGCUUGGGUAUAGCAUGGAUUCACUUACGGAAUCCAUGUUAAAGCAGUUGGAUACGCCGAGAUUAAUCCCAACGGAGUCUGACGUGCCGGAUAGUUUAAAGUUAAGUUCACUGGAUCCGAUGGUGCGACGUCUGUAUGACACUUGCGUGAGUUUAAACUCGGACACUGACUCGUCACCGGACAUAAAUGGCAUGAAGAAGGACAGAUUACGUGGGAGAAGAGGUCGACGUAGGCCUGAGAAGGGCGUAACACCAGUUCGGACCUUUACACCUCGAAGUCCUCCUUUAAAGGCAAAGCCAAGACCGGUGACAAGACCAAGUUUCAGCGGUUUAAACUACGCUUGGCUUAAGGAUUCGUUUUUUAACUGUCAAAUUCUUGGCAACGUGGCAGCAAUAGCUCAGGAUCAGACGGGUUGCAGAAUGCUGCAGCGGCAACUUGAAUGCAGUGACACAGCCUUCACCUCAGCAGUUUUACGCGAGGUUUUGGAUAAUUUGUUUCUCCUCAUGACUGAUCCGUUUGGGAAUUAUUUAUGCCAGAAGCUGAUGAGUGUGUGUGAUGCUGGCCAGCUGGGCGAUAUCAUCACAGGCUGUGAGACGCAGUUUAUACCAAUUUGCCUCAACAUGCACGGGACAAGAGCUAUUCAGAAGUUAAUUGAAGUAGUUUCAGGCAAUAACGUUAACAGGAUUACGGCCAUUUUAUCAGCCGGAGUCGUGGAACUGAUAAAUGACCUGAACGGCAACCACGUGAUCCAAAAGUGUCUAGUAGCCUUAAGUAGUGACGACUGUGAGUUUAUUUACAGAGCAAUGAAUGAGCACUGUGUUGGAUUAGCGACACAUCGACACGGCUGCUGUGUCAUGCAAAGAUGCAUUGACGCAGCAAGUCCAACCCAGCGUGCAAAACUAGUAGACACCAUUGCCGCCAAAACCUUGGAAUUAGUAGAAGAUGCGUAUGGUAACUAUGUGAUUCAAUAUGUGCUACGUCUCCGUGAUGACGCAGUUAAUGCUAGAAUUGUCUCACUGCUUUGUGAGGAUCUCACGAAAUUCUCUAAACACAAGUUCAGCUCCAACGUGGUGGAACGCUGUCUUAUCUUUUGCCCCUCGUCGGUGAGGAGUAAUUUAGUUUCCAGGUUCCUCAACCUGCCGUUCUCUGUGUUACACGAUUUGAUCUUGGACCCCUUUGGCAACUACGUGAUUCAGCGAGUUUUAAACGUGGCGCAGCCCGACGAACUCGCACACCUGCUGGAUAUCAUACAACCGCACCUCGAGGAACUGAAACUCGUCUCUUCCGGAAAACGCAUCGCCGCUAAAAUCUCACGCAAGUCAUCCUCUCUCGAGAAUUCUUUGACCGGUUCCGUAACCACUGGUGGGAGUGUUGCCACUGUCAGUUCUGUUGGCACUUGUUUGACCGGUAGUGUCGGUACCGUGAGUUCUGUUGGUAGUGUAAACUCUGUAACCAGUGUUGGUACCGUAAGUUCAGUUGGUAGUGUGAGUUCAGUUGGUAGCGUGGGUUCAGUUGGCAGUAGUGGUGUGAGUGUUAGUUCUGUAAGUAGUGUUGGUACAAUUGGUUCAGUUGUUGCAGACGGAUUUACAGUGGAAUCAAUCAACUCUUCAUGUCCAAACACCGUCAACAGUAUCAACACUGUCAACACUACGAACUCUAUCACCGCAAACACUGUGAACCCUAUCCCUACUGUCAAUACGGUUACUACGGUCGACUCUGCGAAUUCUGAUACGCAGGAUUAUAGCAUGUGCCCUGGAAAUUUGGGCAACGAUUACCCGUCCCUGUACAGUGUUGAGGCUGAUACUGAGACUAUCAGCUCCAAGGGUAAUUUGACCCAGGGCACCUACAGCCAAGUCAUACACCGCCUCAAAAGCAGCAAAGACUACAUACUCAACCUGAUUACCAAAGAUACCGGUUACAAUAAUAAUAAUAGAGUUGACAGACUUGACAAUAAUACAGCUGACAAUAAUAAUAGAGUUGACAAUAAUAGAACUAACAAUACGGUUGAGAAUAAUACGGGUGACACUGGUGAUACGGUUGAGAAUGAUAAGGUUGACAAUGGAGAUGCGGUUAACGUGGUUAAGGAUGGUGUGAUUGAGAGUUGGGGUAAGUUUGAGGAGUUGAGUAUGGAGUUUCCGAGUUUGGGUCCGGAGAAGUUUGAGGACGAUCCUCUGGUGAGAGACUUUUGCGGCAUUUUCAGCACCGGGUACGACGAACAAUACAAACAAUCUUAUAAAAUUUGGUCCAAUCUAUGAUCCACUCCCAUUCUCUCACAAAUAUUUCACAAUUUUACAAUUAAAAAUUUUACAAUUAAAAAAUUUACAAUUAAAAAUUUUACAAUUAAAAAUUUUACAAUGUGAAUAAUUUUACGCCUGAUUAUAAUGUGAAUAAUUUUGCAAUUAAUUUACUUGAUUACAAUGUGAAGAAUUUUUUGCAGCGUAAUUUCAUUUUUAAAGUAUUUUUUCAUUUUGUUUCUUUUCGAACUUUUCAGUUCUCUUGUUUUAAACCAUUCGUUGGUUCUUUUUAAAGAUUUUUAGUUGUUUUAACCAUUCUGUUCGUUUUAAAGAAUUUGUUUCAAGUGGUGGGCAAUGUCAUACAGCUGACAUUUGUGGAUUUAACACGGGAAUAACAUUGAGAUUUUUACAUGACACUGGAAGUUUACUACUGUUUAGAAACCUUUAAAUACACUUACAAUUUAAACAUGAAACACCUAUUCCACACCUUUGGAUACAUAAACAUUUGGAUACUCUAAUUUUUUAAACAUCCA